AUGGCCAGCCGUCAAUUCGUCGACCCAGUUCAACUCCUCCGAAUCACUCCUCUCAUCGCCGCGACUUUGACCCUCGACCACGCCUUUGACAGCAACCUUUUCCUCUCGGCGCUCAACCAGCCUGAAACACGCUCCAAGAGCAAUGCCGCACUCUCCACCUACUUCCCUGUCGUGUCACACGCUGGCUUCUACCGCCGCUUGACUUCAGUCUCUUUGACCUUUGUUGCUUCCGUUGCCAAUCUCUACACUCGUGGCAGUCCGGCACGAGCCUGGUACCGUGCUGGAGCUGUAUUCGCGGUCGCACAUUUCAUCUUCUUGCCCUUCAUGCUCACGUCCAAGGAAGCCAUUCGUACCAACCACCCUGCAAGAGACGCGAAUAUUGCUUUGGAUGAGUGGCUGUGGUUCAACAGACUGAGAGGGAUGACUGUUGAUCUGGCUGCCUUUGUUACUCUGGGUGUCGCUGUUGUCAAGAGUUUGGGCCAUUGA